CAGCUACUCAUGAUGAUUGCCGUGGGUGGUAACAUCUACAACUGUAUCAGCCUCGCAGUCUCGACAUUCGAAGGUGAACACGCACGGGCCAGAGCCAACCAACUGGCGCGCUAUGGCAAUGCCCUCAACCACGUGUGCUUCUACACCAUCGGCCAAGUUAGCCAGGGGCAGUUCCUUUAUCUGGUGCAGAACCGGAUGCUGUCCCCCGACGAGGCUGAGAUACUUGGUGAGUUCAAGGGCAAGAUGACCAACCUGCUUGCUACGUGGAUGUUGGAUACCUUAGAGACAGCCAGUAGGGAAGGCACAGCCCGACGGAUCGAUCGAGCUACGCGUGAGAUCAUUUUGGAGAUAAGAAAGAAUGCCGCGUUGCUGCAAGAUAUGCAGGUAAGGAAGGUGGCCGUGUGGUGUGGUGUGGUGUGGUGUGGAUGGGACUGGACCGGUCAUGGGACCAGAACUAUGGGUGCAGGUGCAGCGGGUACAUUGAUGGAUGUAGAAUUAUGGGUGUAG